AUGUCGAGUGUGGGCCAGCUGUCCUUGCCAGACGAGCAUUGCGGCCAUCGUAUGCGACAGCAGCGUGCGGGGCCAACGGUGAUCAAGGCCACACUCAUGAUCGAACACGAGACGGUGGCUGUCGAACACCUUGCAGAGGUGUCACGCGAUGAGCUGGCAGACAUUGUACGCGAGGGCGGGUACUCCGUUGAAAUCAUCUCACCGCCACAGCAGCGUGAUUUCGAGCACACCCGACAAGGGAGGAAUCGGCGCCCUCCGACAACCACCAAGAUGCUUUUGCCGACACUCUUCGGAAAGCCAUCAACCCACGCCAGCACAGCAGCAGCUCCUCACGCCUCUGGGGGCGCAUGCCUCGGCGUGCACAGCAAUGUGUCGUGUGGGCCUGCUCGCUGGCACCGCGCCGGUGAAGCCCUGCACCCAUCAUCGCCAGCAUUGGCGAGGUCGGCGGAUACAAAGGCCCGCGAGGAAACGCACGCAUCAACAAGACAUGACGCGACGCUGAGGACCCUGCCCGGUGUUCAAACGGUGCAGAUUGAUGGUGCGUCGUGCCGUGUGGAAGUCAAGCACGAGACCUACGCAACGGGGCCCACGCGACAUGAUCACCACGCUGAAGGAUGCCGGGUACGUGAGGGAGCUGCACCACGAAGCACCGCCACCCACAGGAGCGAGAUCCGCUUCUGCCCCAUCACCUUCAUCGUGUGCACCACCGUGUUUCUUCGUCGCGUCCACCAUCAUUGCUGCCGCGUGUGGCCAGACUCCUGGGAUGCGCGCAUCGUCGAUGACAUCCGUUGUCUCGUCUCCGCGGUGCAGUCCACCAUGCACGGUGCUGCCAACAUGCAUGUGACCGGCACUCUCUUCUUCACCUUUAUAUCGCUCGGGCGGUACAUCGAACACCUCGCCAAAGGCAACACCUCCAGCCUGCCGAAGGAAGAGAGUGCAGGUGAAACGGACGAGGCCAUGAUCACGGGGCGAAUCAACACUCGUCUCGUCUCCAAAGGCGUUGACGGCAUUGUCGCCACGCAUGUUGACAACGAGAAUGCACAGCUGUCAAAGGCGCCCAUCCAGCAGCACGCUGAAGGAUGCCGGGUACGUGAGGGAGCUGCACCACGAAGCACCGCCACCCACAGGAGCGAGAUCCGCUUCUGCCCCAUCACCUUCAUCGUGUGCACCACCGUGUUUCUUCGUCGCGUCCACCAUCAUUGCUGCCGCGUGUGGCCAGACUCCUGGGAUGCGCGCAUCGUCGAUGACAUACCGGCAUUCUCCCUCUUCACCAGCACCUUUGUUUCGCUCGGGCGGUACAUCGAACACCUCGCCAAAGGCAGCACCUCCAGCCUGCCGAAGGACGAUAGUCAAGGCAACCGCGUGGAGGAGCGAAUUGACACCGAGCUCGUGCAGCGCGGCGACGACCUGAAGGGUGCAGGUGAAAUGGACGAGGCCAUGAUCACGGGGCAAAUCAAAUCCCGUCUCGUCUCCAAAGGCGUUGAUGACAUUGUCAUUUGGGCGGCACCAUGGUGCAUGGUCUUCGAGGCCACGCACGUUGGCAGUGAGAAUGCACAGCUGUCAAAGGCGCCCAUCCAGCAUCGUGCUGCUGUUGGUGUGUGGGUUGCGCCGCUGACCUCGGGUGCCGCUGACAAAUUGGAGCUCACGUUCGGUGCCGUGCUUGACAAGACGAGAACGCUGACGGUUGGAUCGCCAAAAGCCACGUGUGUGCGCGUGCUCGGCGAUGGUCACACGUGGACGGAGGACGGCACCCCGUCGAAGCUGGUGGCGACUGCAGAGGCAAACAGCGAGCAUGCCCUGGGCCAGGCGAUUAUGGCGCACGUCGGCGCUGUCUCCGGCAACGGACUUCCAGACGGUCUCUGGGCACUGCGCGGUCCAUUUGGGGCAGAGGUUGGCAUCGACAACGCGCUCGCAGCAGCGUGCAAGAGCUGCAGGCGCAAGGGCGACAUCGUGGUGGUCGUUGACAACGGCAUCAACAUUGAGUCAGCGGACGUCGUUCUGAUGAUCAAGGACAACCUGCUUGCUGGAGCAACCCCGCUGACGUUUGUGGCUUCGCGGCUUUGCGGCCGCAGCCAUCCACUGGUCGUGGCAAGUGGCCACCUCUUCAGCAACGCUUACGACGAAGUGCACACGAUCCGCCAAAUCGCCAGCGUGCACGUCUCGGAGAUCCAAUCCAUCGCAUCAGCCACCACUUCGUCACCUUCUCUUGUGGUCCUGUGGCAUCUUUGUGGCGAGGGCCAUGGUUUGAUCAGCACCAUCAGUGUGUUUGCGAGCAGAUACCAGCACCUGCUUGUGCCGGAGGCCUGUGUUUUGGGCGCUGUACAGCCUGACCCCCUCCUCCUCCUCGUCGCUGUACGUGUCCCUGAUCCACAGCCCCCUUGCAACAGUGUGCUCCUGGUCGUUGCUGGAGCAUGCGAGGCUGGCAGCCCAUUACAUAGCAACACGCCGGCCAGUGCAAGCUUUGAAUCAGCCGCAUCAACACGCGACGCAAAGCACGUGCUCCUCGUUGCUGAGCUGGAGCGAGCCGUGCGCAUGUUCCCUGCCACCGUGAGCGCCGCCGUUCAGGAUGCCGAGACAGACACGCCUCUGUCUCUGUUGUCGUUUGCGGCCAGCAAGGCCAUCCACGCGCCCGCAGUCUGUGCCAUCUUCCGCACUCCGCGCUCUGUGUCCUGGCUCGAAUGCAGCGCAGAGCAGUGCGUUGUGGACAAGUUGUCGGGUGAACUGGCCAAGCUUGAGGACGCUGGGGCGCGCGUGGUGCCACUUGGCGCGUGCAGCUGGCCUGCGGGCGAAGCGGAGCUGUUUGGCAGCUUCAUUGUUCGCGUCAGCAGUGGCGUGGUACUUGCUCACCGUCGCCUUCGUCACAGCAGUGGCAAGGACGUGGCACAGCUGCUGCUGGGAGUUGGUGACAACAAGUCGGUGGUGAUCAUCCUGGCGCUGGGUGUGCUGGCUGGUUGUGGACAUGGUGCAGGAGCGCAUGAUCCUGGCUCAUCUGCUUUGACAUGCGCUACUUCCUGCUCUGCUCGUCCUCGGCAUCAGCAAUUUGGCCGAGGUGGACGUCGUUCCGCCUCCUCUUGCUUAACGGCAACACGUUGUCGGCCAACGGGCUUGCUGCUCUGGUGGUGCUGGCUGCUGCGCGUCCUGUGUGUCAUCUCCAUGGUGCUGCUGAACCUGCUGAUUGCGCUCACGUCGGACUGCGCAGAUGUUGAGUUCCAGCUGCUGUGUGGCUGA